AUACCCCUCAACGCCUACCUUAUAAACUUAACUUCACCUUGUUAAUACAAAGCGAUUUCCGAGUAAUCUUAGUAGUAUCAAACAUGGCGAGUUCUUCAAAUACCCUUGCUGAGGUGCUGUUGUCAAGGCGAGUUCAAGAAAUGGUCGUCAAUGGCGAACAACCUGUAUCACUUUACAUUUGUAGAGAUGAAAAAGAUGCUCAAAAUGCUCCAAUUUCCCCGUUAGCUCCAAUCCCUAUUAUCGACCUUAGUCUCCUCUCAUCAUCAAGCACUGAAGAAGAAUUGCAGAGGCUGAAAUCAGCACUAUGCUGUUGGGGUUGCUUUCAGGCUAUAAAUCAUGGGAUACCAAGUUCAUUUCUUGAUGAGAUUCAGCAAGUGACGAGGGAAUUCUUUCGACAGUCAAUGGAAGAGAAGAAGAAAUACAGCAAAGGAGUAGUGGAAGAGAUGGAAGGAUAUGGAGGUGAUCCUUCCCCUGAACAAGGUCAAUUCCUUGACUGGCAAGAUCGUUUGCUUCUCACUGUUUACCCUUAUGAUUUAAGGGUCCCCAAGUUUUGGCCUCAAAACCCUCAAUCAUUCAGCGAAAUUUUAGAAAAUUACACAUGCAAGAUGAGGAUGGUGACAAAGCUUGUUUCAAAAUCCAUGGCUAAGUCAUUGCAUUUAGAGGAAAACUGCUUCUUGGAACAAUUUGGUGAAGGAGCAACAUUGCAAGCAAGGUUUAACCAUUACCCAUGUUGUCAAAGGCCUGACAUUGUUCUUGGCUUAAAACCUCAUUCAGAUGGCACAGGUUACACCAUCAUCUUGCAAGAUAUUGAUGGCCUUCAAAUCCUCCAAAAUCAACAAUGGCUUACUGUUCCCACCGUACCAAAUGCCCUCUUCAUCCUCAUGGGUGAUCAAAUGGAGAUAAUGACAAAUGGGAUAUUCAAGAGCCCAGUUCAUAGAGUAAUAACAGACAAAGAGAAAGUGAGGACAUCAAUUGCAGUUUUCUACACACCAGAGAAAAACAAAGAGAUUGGACCCCAAGAUGGUCUAGUGAAUGAGGAAAGACCAAGACUUUUCAAGCAUGUUAGAGAUUAUGAAAUCAUACAUUGGGAGCAUUACCAAAGAGGUAUGAGAGCUCUCCAUACUGCACAAGUUUAAAAUAAUUGGUUGGUUUUACAGUUUAUGUAUAAGGUUCGUAGUUAUCUUCUCAAUAAUAUCGUUUUUAAGGUUUAAAUUUGCGUUUUGCAGCCAAUAUUUAUUAGUAAAACACCUGUAUAUAUUAAUGAGAAAUUAGUUAAGUUUGGGGUCAAAAUAAUAAAUGAUUGGGUUGAAAAAAGAAUGUAAUAAAUAUACAAUUAAUAUAUGUUUGUAUGUAAUUAGGAUAAUUUAAUUAAAGUGUUAUUAAAAAUGUUGUGAAAAGUUAAAAUAA